ACAGCGUCAGGCAAAAGCCGGCAAACAUCAAGAUUCAAGAGUAGCUCGCCGCUCGUCUCGACAUUCCCGCGUGACACGUUUCAACAAGACAAUGUUAUCAUUUUGUCUCCUCUCUCUACUCGCUUGGGCGGCGCCUCAGUCAAAUCCCGCAUUGACCGCACUUUUUUAAUACUCACCCUUCACCCGUCCUCUUCUCUUUAUAAAAGCCAACCCUCCGUCUCCUCUUGUAUCCAAUACAAACCACAAAAUAUCAUCAAGUUUCUCUAUCUAUCUUUUUCAGGCAAUGGCACCCACAGAUAAAACAAAUAAUGGCGGUACUAAAAGAAGCUCUGGAAACACCGAGGUGCAUUACAGAGGAGUCAGGAAGAGACCAUGGGGCCGUUACGCCGCCGAGAUCAGGGACCCCGGUAAGAAGAGUCGCGUCUGGCUCGGUACCUUCGAUACCGCUGAGGAUGCGGCCAAAGCGUACGACGCGGCGGCUCGUGAGUUUCGUGGCUCCAAGGCUAAAACCAACUUCCCUUUACCCAAUGAAACUGUUUCCGUUGUAAACAGCAAUAAUAACAAUAACAAUGGUCAGCAGAGUCCCAGCCAAAGCAGUACGGUGGAGUCCUCCGGGGAUGAAGUGGAGCGUGAAUUUACGCGCCAGAUUUGCGGUGGGAACGGGUUUGCGAGUCGUUUUCCGUUUGUGUAUCAGCAACCGAGUUUUGUGGCGCUGGGUGGGGAUAGAAUUGGGUGUGUAACCCACGCGCCUCCUGUUUUGUUUAUUGACUCGUUGGCAAGGCCAGAUUUAAUGGGUCCGGUUUAUCCAGUUCGGUUUGAACCGAUUGGGGCUGCAAGAGUUAGUGGUGGGGUUCAGAGCGAGUCAGAUUCAUCAUCCGUCGUCGAUUGUAAGCCAAUAAGAGGUCUCAAUCUUGACCUCAACCUGGCUCCACCAGUUGUGGAUGCAUGAUGGAUGAAUCAUAACCGUUGAUUUUUAACAAAUUUCUAGAGAUAAAAAAAUUUUUAGUGUUUAGUAUUAAUUUCUUCCCUUCUGUUUAAAUGGGUGAUGGAACUAGAGAAUCAUGAACCUCCUGGUCAAACGAUGUAAAUUAAUUUGAUCGUUAUUUUUUGCAGCUAAGAGAAGUUAUGAAAGUUUCUCUGUCCUGUUUCUCCUGUAA